AUGUCGACAAACUGCCGCAAGCGCCUCAUCCGCGACUUCCGACGGCUCAAAUCCGACCCCCCAGGCGGGAUCUCCGGCUCGCCCCUCCCCGACAACAUCAUGCUCUGGAACGCCGUCAUCUUCGGGCCCGGCGACACGCCCUUCGAGGACGGCACCUUCAAGCUCCUGCUCACCUUCGACGAGUCCUACCCCAACAAACCACCCACCGUCAAGUUCCUCUCGCGCAUGUUCCACCCGAACGUGUACGCCAACGGGGAGCUCUGCCUGGACAUCCUGCAGAAUAGGUGGUCGCCGACGUACGACGUCGCGGCGAUCCUGACGAGCAUACAGAGCUUGCUGCAUGACCCGAACCCGAAUAGCCCGGCGAACGCGGAGGCGGCGCAGUUGUAUAGGGAGAAUAUGAAGGAGUAUGUGAGGAGAGUGAAGGCGACGGUGGAGGAGAGCUGGUUGGAUCCGGAGGAGGUGGCGGAGGCGAGUGGGAGUGGUGCGGGAGGACCAGGGGACAGGUCGAUGGAGGAGGAGCCGCCGGAGAGGGCGCAGGGUGGGGAUGCGAUGGCGUCCUAG